AGUAACCUGUCUCGUAUUAAAUUUAAAUUUUUCGCUGGAUCCUACAUUAAAAAAAUUCAUUUUUUUCCACAAAUUUUGAUUGACAAUAGCCUUAUUUGUAUCUGGGCUGAAAGGUUGAAACAGUGUCAGAAACAAAGAUGCAAAGCUGCCAGAAUAAUGCACACUGUCGCCUUUAUACUCCAUAAUGCACAUGUACAUACUAUUGGAAAGCUCUUUUUCUGCAGAAUUGAAAAAGCCUGUAUACUGCAUUAUCUCAAUUUUUGAAAAUGACAGGUCACAUGUCCUUGGUUGUUGUGCAUGUAGAAAACAUAUUACAGCUCCAGAGCUCCUGUUCUUGAAAUUUGUCACACUGAUCAAUUUCACCCCUUCUGAACUUCUUGUACUUGUUAAUAAGGAAAUAAGUAUGUGGUUGGCCGGUCUGAAACAUUAGUUUUAGACUGGCCAAGCACACAUUUAUUCCUAUUCAUAAAUACCUUUUUAUUCAGAGAGUCAAAAGAAGUCAACAUGGAUUUCCAACGGUUUGGUUCUAAAGUUUUAAUUUUAGUUUCCUGAACACCCCCGUCCAUUUUAUGGUAUAUUCCUUUUGAGAGUUGUCCAGUAGAAUCCCCUUCAUUGAACUUGGCACGCACAUGGCUCGACGCCUGCACACAGACUCUUGACCAAUCAGACCUUAUUAAACUGUCCGCCAUCCAUGGGCGAGUGCAUGAUUUAUGCAGCGGGCAUUAUCGCUUCGCAGUGGGUAUUAUCAAAUUUUUAUACACGGUCACGUGACGUGUUUCGACCAAUAAUAAUAGAAAAACUGUACCAGGUAUUUAUGAGUUCACUUUUCAGUAGUUUGCUUUAAAUUGAACUUUACAAAUGAGUUUUGGAGAUAACUGUAAGUGUUCAGUUUGGUAAUGUGAAGACAGUAAUGUUCAAUAAGAAAAAGGAUGGAAUUUGUCUUUAUGGUGUGAAGGGGCACAAUCUCAAUAAGAGACUAACUUGAAAAUGCUUGGUGGUGUUUUUGUACAGAAAUGACAAGGCUACUAUACAUCAGCUCCCUGUGCAUAGCUAUUUCCAUAUUUUUUCUUUAAACAAAAUUCAAUGCCUUAGAGGAUGGAGUCGUGCAAAGCAUACAUGUACAUGUUUUUGUAUUAUAAGGUAUACAUUUGUACAUGCUUGAUAUUGAGAUGAUUCAUGGAAAUGUGUAGUUUGUACAUUGUAAAAGCUAUACAUGUAAAACUAUUCACGUGUAAAGCACAGUGCAUUGUACAGAGAGAAUAGCCAUGAUAAACUUUGUGUAAAUACUGUACUGCAGGAACAUUCACUGGAAAUACAAGUGCUGUGCAUGCUCAAAAGUUGUCCUGUGUUACGUUUGAACAGCGCCCUCCCUCUGCCAUUCUUGUCCAGACAUGUCAGUCUCCUUUGCUAACCUUUGUCAGGUUAUUAUUCUGAUGAAAGAAGUGAUAAUCCAUCAUUUGUCAUAGUUAUGUCACUUUCAAGGUACCGGUAGAAUUCUCAAUAAUCCGGAGACUUAAGAAACACCCCCCGAGCAAGCGCAGUUUGCUAGGUUUUCAUAUGGCAUAGGAAGAUUCCCAGUGUAUGAAGGAAAAAAAAGAUCUCAAACUUAAAAACCUCUCAAUUCUAAUAUCUUCCAAACUAAAUCAAGUGCCCUCCAAAAUGUAUCGGGAUCAGCGCAGAAGUCCAUUGAAACCUCUGGAAAUUGUUGGAGGACUUUGGACUGUUAUGACUGAGAGUCUUUUAUUGCUUCCUCAUCUUUCCAUCUGAUGAAAGUCUUACUGUCUUGGACUCCUGGGAUUUUUGUGGAGCCAGGUACACUUGUUAGGCGAGCUUUCCUGGCCACAGCUCAACUGAAUGCCACUGUCUAGCAUUUCCGUCGGUCAUCAUUCCCACUUGGGACGUAACUUUCGGGUCCAUGUCCUUAAGUGGGAAGGCUUGAAGAUUUCUAAUGUGUUUUGUGUUUUCACUGCUUCGGGCAAAUAUGUCCAUCAAAAAAACAUUCUGCAGUGAGUGGAAAGUUUGGCUUUGACGUUUUCAAUUAGAGUAAUUUUCACUUGGGAAUGAUCCGUGCUCUGUGCCUGCACUUAAGUGCAAGAAUCAACUGGCUGACCUACCACAGACACUUUUCCAUAGACCAAACGUGUACACCUGCAUAGACUGUAGUAUACAAAUAGUAGAUCCAAAUUGAAGGUUUAUGUCUGGAAGAGAAGUCUAUUGUUUCUCUAAUGCAGGUUUUUGGUAGAUUUGUCUGUAUACACUUUUUAUGACAGCAGAACAUUUUAGUCAUUCAUACUCUACUGUGCGUUAUACAUCCACAUUGCUUCAGUGCUCUUAUUCAAACCCUCAUACAGUAGCAUAUGUACCAUAGUGUAUGCAUGCAAAAAACUGCAGGAGGAUUAUUUUCAAAAUUCUGAAAUAGUGAGCCUCAUCCCAUGUGAUUUACAAAUACAGUAGUCCUGCCCAAAUACUUUAUAUGUACACAUGUACAUGUAGUUAUGGUGAGCAUUUAGCUUAUUGAAAUAGUGACUUGAACUACAAAAAAGCUGUAGUGGAAAGCCUGCUCCACCUGCAUUAUUUUAUAGGGAACAGUUGAUACCAAUGAUUGAAUUGGAACUUGAUGGCAAAGACUUACUCAUUAUUUUGCAGAGAUUUAUGCAUGACUUUGGAUGUUUAUUUAACAGGCUUUCACAGGAAUCUAAAUUUAUGUGGUUCCGCUCUAGCGCUCUCAAUAGGGAAUCAAAAUUGCCUGGUGACACACUUUCAGGAUGAUGUGCCUGUAUGUAAGAAGUUGACUUAAGCAAAGACAACACAUUGUGUACUCAACAAGUGGCCUCCAUGGACCCCGUGGCAAACCCUGUUGUGAAUUCUUAUAAGUCUACCAUGUACUGCACUGGAAUCAUUUCAUAUGUAUGGUAAUAGGAAACUUUUCGAGGAGGCUUUUGGCCUAUUUGCUGUUAUUGAUUUUUAUUACAUCAAUGCUCUCUGCGAUGCGGUGCAGUGCGGUACGGUGUGGUGCGGUGGGAUUGGAUGGGGUUGGGUUUGGGUUUUACGUUUCAGCUUUUUGGUUUUUAAACUCAAAACGAAAAGUGCUUUUGUUGUUUUGUUUUAGUUGGUUUUUGUUUAGUUUUGUUUUCCUUUGGAUUUGUUUUGGGGAAAAAUAUUGAGAGGUUGGGGUUUAGGCUGGUGAGAUUGCAGUGGGAAGUUGAAAAGGAGAACUUUCGAGAUGUCCAGCACCAUGGCUCAUCAAACCAAGAGGAGGUAUCAAGACUGCACACAGAUUGUCAUCUUGAAGGAUGUGUGCUGUAGCUGUAUGUGUGAAGAAUUUUGCAACUACACGCUGUGUUCUUGAGAGAGAAACAGAACUCCCUUCAGUAUUCCCGUGUACCACCAUAGCACUACAAAAUUGUUGAGAGUUCGGAGACCCUGAAGAAUUGGCGCAUAGCUUUGUCAGUCAGCUGACUGGAAGAAGUCAUGGUGUUUACUGUUUUACCAACGGAGAGACCCUACAAUGUCCAAACUCAAAACGGGCCUGUUCAUGUGCAUCGUGAUAGAUUGGAACCUUGGGGACACAUGGAAGGUUGCAGCUACAGUGGAAGUGGUUACCACAGCAACCACCAAACCUGUCUGUGGUAUCUGAAGACCAGCCUUUGAUGUCACUACUGUAUGUCACCGGAUGUAGUUUUGUGUAAGGGGACACAACCAACGGUUCAAGAAAAGCCCUUGUUUCACACAGCCUUGCCGACCUGUCCUGUGAUGUCCCCCAAGCGUGUAAUAUGGAAUGCCUGGUGACCUCACACACACAGACACCAGCCGGCCAGUCAGUUCACUGAUCUGCAGCCCUUGGAUUUGCCUGUUGGCCUUACCUUGUCGGCGACCUUCACUGGAUCACGUUCAAAGACCCGGUUCUCUGGCACUUGCCAGGGCUUGCCCUCGGUGCUUGCAACAGCUCCAGCAAGUAUUGUUCAACAUGACCUAUUUUCACUGCUGACUGUUCUGUAGACAUCAUGCAUUUUGCCAGGACUCAGUACUGCUCGGCAAUAAGGACCCAAAAUUGGUACAUGUAACUCAGAGUCCCCAUCUAAGGGAGGAAGGAAGGAAACAAGUUAAUGACCCCAGAGCUUCUUUUCCAUUGACGGUCAGCCGUCCAUUCACAGCAUGACUUACAAUUGACCACUGUGCAAGAAUGAGAAAAAGUAACUGAAAUGUCCAGCUCCAAGCAACAGCGCACGGCUCCCAUCACCUCCGCCUCGCGCCUCUCGCCCCCGUCGGCUCGGCUGACCACCAGGCCGUCCACACCAGAGGGUGUCCCGCUGUGGUUUCACGGCCUGUUGGCACGAAGUGUGGCCGAGGAUUUACUGUUGAAGAACCCACAGUCAGCUGAGGGCUUAUUUCUGGUCAGACAGAGCAGCAACAGAGGGGGCCAUUUUGUCAUCUCCGUCUGCACUGGCCAAACAGUUAACCAUUACCUCGUAGAGACGCUGGAGUCCAUGUUCUAUGUCCGGAGGGACCGAUGUGAGGAGAGAGGGCGGGAUAUUCAGGCCAGGGACCUUUGCAGUCUAGUCCACUGCUACCGAGCAUCACCUCUGGAUGAAUCAGGGUUAAUAUUGAAGGAUGGUCUUCUCAGGACAAUCCCGGUUACUGUAACAGCACCCCUGACUGCCAUGACAAGAUCCAAAAUCAACCACAACUACAUCCCUCUGCAUAUGGACAACCGGGAAUACAUUGCCCUAGAGGACUUCACAGCAGGCGACGACUUGCAAGCUCUGAGCUUCCGGAAGGGGGAGGUGCUGACCGUGCUGCAAAAAGAAAGCAGGAACUGGUGGUUCGCCUACAAUGCCCAGCAGGACUUGGGUUACAUCCCGGCUUCGCUGGUCUCAAACCUCAAGGAGUGGAAGCAGAAGUGCCAGAACAGCGGGGCCUUCUGCAACCUGGGCUGCUCGGACUCGGACGGGGUCUUCGUCUCCAACCGGGAGAAGACGGACGAGAGGAGGGAGAUGGAGCGUCGUUGCCUGCUGGACGUGAACUCCAAUGUGCUGGGCAUCUGCUGUGGAUGCUCAGUGUCGGUGCCGGCCAGCCCCACCCGCUGCAACAGCAGCCCCUCCCUGCAGGAGAAUUCCUGCCACAGCAGCAGCAGCCGAGAGGUGGUCUGCGUGUCGGCCGAUUAUAUUGCCUUGUGCCUGAGGCAUCGGGAGCACCAGAAACUCUGCGAGAUGCAGAGGGUGUUUGAUGCCAGGUUGUCCCAGCAGCUGUCGCCCCCAGGCAGAAACGCACUGCCUAACAGCAGCCGCCAGUCCCCGCCGGACUGCAGACGGGACCUGAAGCCGAGGCCUCUCCAGAGGAGCCACACGGAGCCUGCCAAUAUCCACAGUGCCCCGCCCUCACCCCACCGAAGGACCGAGCUGGGUCAAGCGCCGUCCCACAGCAAAAUGAGCAAGGAAAAUGUACCCUGUUUGCUGGUCAGUGCAGUCUCAGUCAGCGAAUUGUCAUCGAGUGCCAUGCCAGAUAGGAACAACUGCAAUAACAAACAGCACGGCUUUCCGAGGUCUUUGUCAAAGGAGGGUUCUGAGUUGAAAUUGCUCACCUGCUUUGAAGAGGGAGAAACCAAAGUGAUAAGCAGUAAUUGCUCAGCACAAACAGAUGGCAAACUUGAGCCAGGUGACACCCAUGCAGCUAAUGGAGAGAUAUCAAAAAGACCAGAUUCAAGAGAGAUUGAGAAAAUCUGUGAUAAGCCUUACGAUCCUGUAGCGACUUACCUACGACUGGCAGAGUGUACAACUGGCCCUCAGUCAGCCAUACGUUAGUGAACAAGCCAGUAUGUCUACUCU